UGUUCUUUGUUAGUUUGUUACCUGUUACGGUGUAGCCUUAAUUUCGUUUGUCAAAAUUAAACGGCAUAUUUACUGAAUUAAGCUGGUAAUGUGAUCUAAGUCGUGGUGGUAAGAUAUUUCUUUAUAAUAGUGGAAUACCAUAGGCUCAAUAAAUAUUUGUAACUGUUCGGCGUGUUGAAGAUUCUAAAAUGCAGAAACAUAGUGUUGAAAGGGUUGAUGCGGUGUUAUGUUAUCGGUUAACCUUCUGACCAAGCACCACUGUAGUUUAUGUGUGUUCUGGACACUGUGUCUAUAUCCCAUCUUCUUAAUAAACUCGGUGCAUUUUAAUCACAACGACCAGUGAACAUGAGUUUUUCAAGCGAUGAAGUAAAUUUUUUGGUAUAUAGGUACUUACAGGAAUCAGGGUUUCAACACUCUGCUUACACUUUUGGAAUUGAGUCACAUAUUUCUCAGUCCAAUAUCAACGGGGCUCUUGUGCCGCCAGCCGCACUGCUAAGUAUACUACAGAAGGGCCUCCAGUACACAGAAGCUGAGAUAAGCCUAGGAGAGGACGGGUCAGAGAAUCGGCUGGUGGAAAGCCUAUCUCUGAUAGACGCUGUGAUGCCAGACAUUGUGGCGACUCGGCAAAAUCAGCAAAACCAGCAGAAACAACAGAUGAUCAAGAGCGAACCUCCAGAAGCCAACGGAGAGGAAACCAAGCCCAACGUUGUGCCGCCACCUCAAAACAGUACAGAGAUGGAGGUAGACAUGAGCAUAGAGAUACCAGCCAACAAGGCUACGGUUCUACGAGGUCACGAGUCCGAGGUUUUCAUCUGUGCUUGGAAUCCCACCACAGAUCUGCUAGCCUCUGGGUCUGGCGACAGCACUGCUAGGAUAUGGGACAUGAGCGACACUACCACCAGCCCUAACCAGCUGGUGCUGAGACAUUGCAUACAGAAGGGCGGCACAGAAGUUCCCAGCAACAAGGACGUCACCUCCCUCGACUGGAAUUGUGACGGCACUCUACUGGCUACAGGCUCUUACGACGGAUACGCCAGGAUAUGGAUGACGGACGGACGACUCGUCAGCACCUUGGGACAACACAAGGGUCCGAUCUUUGCCCUCAAAUGGAACAAGAGGGGCAACUACAUACUCAGUGCUGGUGUAGAUAAGACAACCAUUAUCUGGGAUGCAGCUAGUGGUCAGUGUACGCAGCAGUUCUCGUUCCACUCUGCGCCAGCGCUGGAUGUCGACUGGCAGACCAACACCAGCUUUGCCUCUUGCAGCACGGAUCAGUGCAUCCACGUGUGUAAACUCAAUGUGGACAAACCCAUCAAGUCUUUCCAAGGCCACACGAACGAGGUAAACGCCAUCAAGUGGGAUCCGCAAGGUAACCUGCUGGCGUCGUGUUCGGACGAUAUGACCCUCAAGAUUUGGUCAAUGAAGCAGGACACUUGUGUUCAUGACCUGCAGGCUCACAGCAAGGAGAUCUACACUAUCAAGUGGAGCCCGACCGGACCCGGCACUGCCAACCCCAACAUGAGUCUUAUACUGGCCAGUGCUUCGUUUGACUCGACAGUUCGACUGUGGGAUGUAGAGAGAGGUGCUUGCAUUCACACUCUCACUAAACACACAGAGCCAGUAUACAGUGUGGCGUUCUCACCCGAUGGAAAGUUUCUCGCUUCUGGCAGCUUUGAUAAAUGUGUCCACAUUUGGUCUACACAGAGUGGCCAGCUGGUGCAUAGCUACAAAGGUACGGGAGGCAUCUUUGAAGUGUGUUGGAAUUCAAGAGGUGACAAAGUUGGUGCUAGUGCGUCAGACGGCAGCGUGUUUGUUUUGGACCUGAGAAAGUUGUAAUGACUAACCGGAGAUUCACCAUUGGUGCAGUUGCAUGAUCUCUGAUUCUCACUUAGUGAGUAAAACUGAUGACGUAUCAAAACGUCAUGCAAAUAGUUGUACGCCUUUUAAAGAGUGUCAAAAAUUUUUAGUUUAAGCUCAACCAUCUUUACUGUUAUCUUCAACCUCAAUUCAAAUCUGAGAGCAUUAUUAUUAUGAGAUAAAACGUUUAUGGAUUUGACAAUCCAGGAAUACAGGUGGACCUUUAGAGAUGCAAAAGUUUUUGAGCUGAGCUCAGUUUUGAUUUUGGAAUAAUCAGUAGUAAUGGGUAGCUUAUUUAAACUUUUGUUUCUAGCUCAAUAAUGAUCUUGAGCUUUUUACAUUCUUCAUUAAUGAUAAAGCAGUAGAAGUAUAAUCGUCCAGGCUAAUGAAACAGCCAUUCUUAGUCAGCUAAAAGCUACUGAAGGUAUAUCACUUGAUUGUAGAAUUGUCCUCCACCUAGGCUUGUCUUAAUUGGCAAUCAAAGUUUGAGUCCUGGCUCAAAGAAUUGAAUCGAUAGUUAAACAUUACGUAAUUAAUCCAAUUAAAUUUGUCAACAAAAGAUAAUCGAAUGUAGUUCUACAAAUAUGGUAUAGUGCAAUAAUAUGCAUUACAGAUUAGUUAAAAGCAUGUCUUGAAAAGAAGAAGUUUUGUGCAUUAAUUUCAUCCAUAAUUUUUAGGAUUUCCACAAUUUGGAUUUUGAAGUUCCACUAUAUAUUCUCAUAAAAAUAAUCCUCAAAAUGUUUUAUCGUAUGCAAUAUGGUUGAUGAUUUUUGUGAUCAAUCUUAAUAAUAAAUUUUGAUUAAGAGAAAGAGGUUCUGAAAAUUCAAGGAUAUUAACAAAACACUACAAUUUUAUUGCGUAUGGGUCAAUAAAACAUGCAAAUUGUGCUAGCUUCCAUUUGACUAAUUUUUAUAAUCUGAAAUUAAAUAGGUUACAUGUACAAUGGUGUCAGUGUCAUAGGUACAUAAUUAAAUGAAAAUGUCUAUACAUAAUUUUGUUGUAUUUCAUGGGAUAUUUUCAUUAUUAUAUUAGAAUAUUAGACUUCCAGUCCUUGUUAUACUCAGGGUUCUUAUUUUCUCCUUUUACUGAUAAGUAAACUGUAAAGUUAAAAUCUCAAAUGGCCAUGUUCAAAACUAAUUUGUUUUAAUAUUUGCAAGUUUUAAGUCUUGGUUAGUUAUAUUUUUUUGUCUUUUCACACCUUUUGAUUUUGCAAAACUUGUUUCAAGACUUUUAUCUAAUGUUCAUUUAAAUAAAGUUUUUAUAAAUCUGCUAACUUGUGUGAAAAUAUCGUUAAAAACGAUUAAACCUACUGUAAUACUCAAAUGUAAAAACUUAUACCUCAGUUUUAAGAUAUGUGAAUUUCUGGUAUACAUAAUAUAUCAUUAUUUUUUUGUUUAUUUAAAUUUACAAUAUAUAGACUAUAUUAAGUUAGUUGGAUAAUUUGUAAAUAACGUAGAGUAGGCGAAUCAAUUACUAUAUUUUACUUUAGUCUAAGUCUAACUACUUGUUUAAGUUAUACAGAUACAAAUAUUUGUAUAGAUGAUUUAUUUAAGAUAAGGUGUUGUCAUUUCCAUGUAUUUGGUCUUAAAAUAUAAUUUGAAGAGUUUUUGUAACAGACAAUGUAUAUUUUUAAGUAGUUUACGGAUUAAUAUUUAUACAGUUGACUGUGUAAUAGUAUUUUUAUAUUACACUGAAUUUUUUUAAAUCCUUUUAUUUGUUGACAUUUCCUGCUUUAUUUUCCAUGGUAAAGAACAAAUAGAUGGAAUGAGUAAAACUAUCAUCCUAAUAACUAAUCCAAACAACAUAUUUUUCUUUGCCUUUAUUUCUAUAAAAUAUCAAAACUGGAUAGUUGCAUUAGAAAACAUGUCUGCCUCAUUUUGUUUGACUAUUGUAUCCCUUAAGACUGUAAACAGAAAUAAAAUUUGAAUUUAUGUUUUUUCCAAUAAA